AUGGAUGAAAGGUUCAACAAGUGGCUGCUGACGCCGGUGCUCACUCUCCUCUUCGUGGUCAUCAUGUACCAGUACGUGUCCCCCUCCUGCACCAGCUCCUGCGCCAACUUCGGGGAGCAGCCCCGCGCGGGGGAGGCCGGACAGCCGGCCGCCCCGAGUCCCGCCCGCCGGGCACAGGCGCCGCCGGAGGAGUGGGAGCGGCGGCCCCAGCUGCCCCCGCCACCCCGGGGGCCGCCCGAGGGCCCUCGGGGGGCCGCGGCGCCGGAGGACGAGGACGAGGAGCUCGGGGAGCCGGAGGAGGAAGAGGAGGAGGAGGAAGAGGAGCCGGACCCCGAGGCCCCCGAGAAUGGCUCCCUGCCCCGGUUCGUGCCGCGCUUUAACUUCACCCUGAAGGACCUGACCCGCUUCGUGGAUUUCAAUAUCAAAGGGCGCGACGUGAUUGUGUUCUUGCACAUCCAGAAGACCGGGGGCACCACGUUCGGCCGGCACCUUGUGAAGAACAUCCGGCUGGAGCAGCCGUGUAGCUGCAAAGCGGGCCAGAAGAAGUGCACCUGCCACCGGCCGGGCAAGAAGGAGACGUGGCUCUUCUCCCGCUUCUCCACCGGCUGGAGCUGCGGGCUGCAUGCCGACUGGACGGAGCUCACCAACUGCGUGCCGGCCAUCAUGGAGAAGAAAGACUGUCCCCGCAACCACAGCCACACCAGGAAUUUCUAUUACAUCACCAUGUUACGGGAUCCAGUGUCGCGUUACCUGAGCGAGUGGAAACACGUCCAGAGAGGGGCCACAUGGAAAACCUCCCUCCACAUGUGUGAUGGGAGAAGCCCCACCCCUGAUGAGCUGCCUACCUGCUACCCCGGGGACGACUGGUCUGGGGUCAGCUUGCGGGAGUUCAUGGACUGCACCUACAACCUGGCCAACAACCGCCAGGUGCGCAUGCUGGCCGACCUGAGCCUGGUGGGCUGCUACAACUUGACUUUCAUGAAUGAGAGCGAGAGAAACACCAUCCUGUUGCAGAGCGCGAAAAACAACCUGAAGAACAUGGCCUUCUUUGGGCUCACGGAAUUCCAGAGGAAGACUCAGUUUCUCUUUGAGAGGACAUUCAACCUCAAGUUUAUCUCCCCCUUCACGCAGUUCAACAUCACGCGGGCUUCCAAUGUGGACAUCAACGAGGGCGCCCGCCAGCGCAUCGAGGAGCUCAACUUCCUGGACAUGCAGCUUUACGAGUACGCGAAGGAUCUCUUCCAGCAGCGCUACCACCACACCAAGCAGCUAGAGCACCAGAGGGACCGGCAAAAGAGGCGGGAGGGGCGCAGGCUGCAGCGGGAGCACAGGGGCCACCGGUGGCCCAAGGAGGACGGGAACACAGACGGGGCGGUCACCGAGGACUACAACAGCCAGGUGGUGAGAUGGUGA